GCCGCCAACAUCGCUACUGUCGUCGUCGUCGUUCUUCUUUCACGGAUCAAAUACGCCGGCUGCGAGUACCGAACUACCUCGAGCCGCGACCCGGGACCUAAGUCGAGCGGGAUGACGCGAAAAAAAUGUGUGUCGUAUCAACGCGGCUGAUGAGGCUGAAAUCGAGCCUCUCACGCACUACAGUAGGUCUUAGAGGAUGCACAAGUUAGCCAAGGGGCUGAAGAAGAAGAAAAAGCCGAAGAAGGGCAAGAAGGGAGCGGAGGAGGAGGAGUUUGAUCCGGAAGAGCUCGAGCGUUAUCGGCGCGAGCGGGCAGAGGCCCAACAGAAAGCCGAGGAAGCCGGCGAAUCAGCCAAAGGUACCGGAUCUGACGAGUGGAAAAAGUUCCAGGCUUUGACUGCUGGCGUCGAUUCGGUUUUGAAGAAGACUCAAAAUGACCUCGAUCGGAUAAAGUCUACUUCAUUCUUCCAGCGAAAAGCGCCGUUGGAAGAGAAGAAACCAGAAGAAGCAAAGCAAGAGGACUCCAACAAAUCAUCCUCAAAGAGGUGGGUAGGCUUCGACAAGGAGGGUAAUCCAAUCGAAGCUGCACCGCCGGAGAUCAACGGUCAAGAAACAAAGGAAGAGAAAUCACUCGUUAACGAGGACGGUUUUGUAGACGUACCAGAGGACGAAGAUGAGCAAGAGGAUUCCGCCGAUGAGGAUAUCUUCGACACCACUUACGUCGACGUUCUUCAAAACAUCGACGUUCAAUUAGCUUAUAUACCAGACAGUCCGACCGAGGAAGAGACUGGGGACGAUCCCUUUGACACCACCAACGCCGACAAGGUUCUUCGUACAGUCGAUAAAAAGGGCAAUAAGCUAGUCAGUUUAGGCAAUGCUGUUGAGGUAUUAUCGGGAAGAAUCGACUAUGUAAGCACUUGCAAGAUCACCAAGGGAAGGAGACCUCGAAUUCAACAAGAUCUAUUGUUGGACGAUUUUGACGAGGCGGAACAGCUGUCGGCGGAAACUGUUGUAAACGAACCGACAGAAAUAGAAAAGACUUUACUAGAUGAUGAUAACGAUCUUCCCGAUAUUCCCGUUGACUUGACGAAAUUACCGCCUGUGCUACCAAGACCAGUCAGCCCCGUUACUCCUACAGUUAUUCAAGAGAACGCAACUUUGACUGAGAAAACAUCGAACGGUCCACUAGAUAUUUCUGAAUUUGAAGUUUUGAAGGAGAAAACGAUUUUAGAAGAAAUUCCUGAUUUGGAUGACGCUGAAUUUGAUUUAAACGCCUCGCCAAAUGAGUCGACUUGCCUCAAGGAAGCCGAUGAUCCAUUUGCCACGAAGGAGCCUGAAACAACCGAUUUUCAAACAGAGAUAAUUGAGGCCAGCUUCGAAGCGGCUACCUUUGUCGACGAGGCUGAUCCGUUUGAUACUACAUUCGCGGAUAAUAUAUUACCAGGUAAAACAGAGCUAAAAUUUAUCGAGAAAGAACUUGAAGAACUGCCUGUCUCGGAAGUAUCCAUAUCGUUAACUGAUCCCGCUGGUUUUAACAGAGAUUACGAAACUGGCCUGUUGAAGUUAGAUGAUGAACAGAAAGAUGAGCAUAAUAGUUUGCUAUCAUCAAAGAAGGACUUGUUAGGCGGUUCGACCACUGAUCUUAGUCAAUUGGCGGACGAACCAAUAGCGCCUGUUGAGGAUAUCACUUACGUUGAUCCUUUCGAUACGUCUGCAGUGAAAGAGCUUCCACCCGGUAAAACAGAGCUCAAGGUUUUAGAAAAAGAAUUACUCGGUGAACAAUCCAACAGUUGCGUCGAGGACGAUAAUGACUUUGAUCCAAGGAAGGAUGAGACGUCGGUAAAGCAGCUACCCACAAAACCGCUACCACCUAGACCAUCCGCGCCUGUUCAAUUUGCGCCAGUUGAGCCAGUGUUUACUGUCAACUUUGAAGAGGACGAGAAGGUCGAAGCGACUCCAACGAAUCUCGAGAGAAAGGUUUCCCGGCCGGAAGUUCUCGAACUAGCUCCAACUAAAGCUGUUGCGUUUGAAUUGCCGACGCCGUCAAAGAGACCCGACCUUCUCGCGACUACCGAAGAGGAGAAGACACUACCCUCUAAACCGCUGACACCGUACUAUACCCAGAAAUCUAUAGAAGAGUCAUUACCAAUAGACGACGAGGAAGUAGAUGUCGAUCCAUUCGACACGAGUUUCGUCAAUAACGUCGCGCCAGGCAAGACCGAGCUCAAGCUCAUUGAGUCAGAACUGUUGAGGCAAGAACCCAAGUUGCCUCAUAGCUUGAGCGAUCACGACUUUGAUCCGAGAUCUACCGCAGAACCAAUCAGAAGGCAGAGCGACUUCACGGCUACCUCGGUCACACCGAGCAAUUUAAAACUUGCGCAGCUACAAUCGUCGCUGAUACAAAAAGUCGAAGAGGAAGUGAUACCAAGACAAGAACCCCACAGGCAGGAGAGCAUUUUGGAUGCGGAAAUCGAAGUCGACGCAAAACCUCUGACACCUAGAAUCGAGAGUAAACCUAUCGUGGAAGAGGAGAUUUCCUAUUCGGAUCCUUUCGACACUUCCAUCGCGACGAACAUUCUGCCCGGUAAAGCGGAGUUGAAGAUAUUGGAGAGUGAAUUGCAGCAAAUUCCUCAACAACCACCACCGCGCUCUAUUGUUCUACCUACGGUGGUACCUAUCGUAGCAUCGACAGUCCCGGAAAUUGACGACUUCGAUCCUAGAGCGGACGAAGUAAAGGAGUCCCAAGACUUUUUGUCUUUAGACGGACAAGAUCCCGGCGACAAAGUGUUGACGCCGCUUCAGAAUAAAGAUCUUACUUUGGACGACGACGUGGAUCCCUUCGAUACUAGCUUCGCUACUAUCGAGCCUGGGCGGACCGAACUGAAAUUGCUCGAAUCCGAACUGAUGAAAAUCAAUUCAAUCAUGGAUUCCAAGGGUGGCAAUCCGUUCUUAAUGGACGAUUAUGCAACGGAACCGGGGGACGGUUUGCCCCCGCAGGCUUCUAAUCCUUUCCUCCAAGAUUUCACCGACGCGGCAGCUUCCGGCGCGGGCGAGAAUCCUUUUUUAAAUUUCGGCAGCGACCAAACAGCGUACGAACCACCAAUAUCCGUCGAUUCUACUAAUCCAUUUGCCUCCUUUGGCAUUGAAAGUACCGCUCCGGAUACUGGAUUCGGAGCGAUCGCCGACACUAAUACGCCAGCAACCAACGUCUUCACUAGCCAAUCAUCAAAUAUUUUCGUCACGUCCGAUAAUACGAAUGUAGAUCUGUUUGGUACGAUGACGACGACAACAGCCGAGAAACAACCGACGACGAUUGUUAGUCCGCCUCAACCAUCUCCAGCGGCAACACCUCCGUCGAAGAAUGGAAAACCGCCGCCAUCAAGACCACCUCCACCGAGACCACAACCACCACCGAUACCGCAUCCACCGGUACAACCGCCUGCCAAGAACACGAAGGAUCUGAUAUUAUCAGUUACGGGAGCAAUGGACGCUACCUCAAACCAUCUUCUGGAUCGUUUGCAAGCAACUAGAACGCCCAGUCCCACGCUGAUACACUCUCCGUCACCUACUCCGGAGCAUAGCUUUGCCGAUCUUCUGGACGUCGACAGCAAUGUGCCGGAUCUGAUCCCAGACGAUAAAGUUGUUGAGCCGCCAAAAAAUCAAGACAUCAUGGAUCUCUUUGAUGCGCCUUCUGAAGUCACCUCGACCGGUAUCUUCUCUACUUCCAUGACCACUACGGAUACUACCAGUCUUAUCACUGGAGUUUCGAUGACUACCACUACCAAAGACAAUCCCUUCGCAAGUAUGAGCGAAGAGGCACUGGUACCGCAAGCGCAGCCUACCUUUGGAAUGGAAUAUCCGGAAGAUAUUAUUAGUAACGAGAAACGGCCUUCAGUGACUUCUGCGACCCCUUUCGCGGUCAUAGAAACAGACGUUGAACAGUCUGGUACUGUCUUGGACCUCACGGAACCUGUCCCUGCGAUUCAACCUACGUUGAUAGCAGCUACUGAACUCUUUCAAGGAGUAGAACAGGUUUCUACCAAUGCUGAUGCGAACUUUUUCUCCAUGACCAAUACAAGCAUGACAACGCCCUUCGGCAUAGUCGAAACCACGUCCGCACCCUUCGCAACUGCAGCUCAGCCUUUAUUUGCUCCAUCGGAAGUCACGCAGUCAGCCUUUGCCUCGGAUCUACUCGGUGAUUUCGGAGAACCGACCAAGGAGGUCAGCAGUGGCCUGAUCUCCACCAGUCCGACUCCUGGAACAGAAUUUCCUAGAAACGAGGCUUACAGGCCCGAAGAACAAUUGGAUAACUUCGCCGCUACGACGAAGGCGAUCGAGGAUACUGGCGACUCAUUCGAUGCUUUUGCGUCCAAAUUUGAUAAGGCUGCCGAACCAGAAACCAAUGGCGGAGAUCCUUUCUUGGAUGCCUUCGGUGGCGGACCAAUCGCUAUGGACACUUCCAGCGAUGUUUGGGGAGAUUCAUCAGCAGCUGGCUCGGAAGCGACGAUCACUGGUUUUGGAGAAUCUGAUGGUUUUGAUUCUUUCUUGAGUAUGACGGCUCCACCACAGGAUACGAAAGUAAAAAGAGCUGAGUCUGCGGAAUCGGACGAGGGGCCCGAUUUCAGUGUGUUUAUCAAACCAAAAGAAGGAGAUCAGAUAACAGCAAUAGAAGGUGGACCUGUACCUACGUUAGCACCGCCGCCAAAAAGUCCGCAAAUCGCUGCGUAUGCGGAUUCCUCGCCGCGUUUCAAUCCCUUCGAUAAAUCUGGAAUCGCGCAGGAUGCUGUGGUAUCUGAGACUGCACAGACAGCCGAAAUGGCUAGGACAGAUUCUCAGGAAACCCAUCACAAUCCUUUGUUUGAUGAGGACGUUAGCCAACCGCUUGAGGAUUUCCCGCGGAUAACUUAUACCGGCGAUGGUUGGGAGAUGCAGUUGCGACAGCCGAACAAAAAGAAAAUCACAGGGCAACGUUUUUGGAAGAAGAUCUUUGUCAAACUGGUUUACCAGGGUGACAAUCCGAGUCUACAGUUGUUCAAUAAUAAAGACGACAAAGAUCCGUUUCAAGAAUUACCUCUGCUCGCUUGUUAUUCGGUAUCGGACAUCGGCGCUCAACAAUUUGAUCAAUACGGGAAGAUCUUUACAGUGAAGCUACAAUACAUCUUCUAUAAGGAAAGACCUGGCGUGCGACCCGGCCAGGUCACGAAGGCGGAACGACUUACAAACAAACUCAGCCAGUUCGCAGCGUACGCUAUUCAAGGGGAUUAUCAAGGCGUCAAGGAGUUUGGGAGUGAUUUGAAGAAAUUGGGUCUUCCUGUCGAACAUGCACCUCAGAUCUCUCAGUUAUUCAAACUUGGUUCCCAAUGUUUCGAGGACAUGAAACAAUUUUCUUGUGCUAUCGAGGAAGCACUCUUCAGGUUACCGGCGCAUCGUGAUCGGGCUCUAACUUACAAAAUGGAAGAAGUUCAGGUAACAGUCGUGGAUGAGCUGUAUGUCGAGCAGAACGCAGAGGGUCACGUAGACAAGCAAAUCGCACGCGUUCGUCUUUUCUUCCUGGGUUUCCUUUCCGGUAUGCCCGACAUAGAAUUAGGAAUAAAUGAUAUGUGGCGACAAGGUAAAGAGGUUGUUGGUAGACACGAUAUCAUCCCCGUCGUAACGGAAGAAUGGAUUCGCCUGGAGAACGUCGAGUUCCAUUCAUGCGUUCAGCAGGACGAGUACGAAAAAUCAAGGAUAAUAAAGUUCAAGCCGCCUGAUGCAUGUUACAUUGAACUGAUGCGGUUUCGCGUAAGACCGCCUAAAAAUAGAGAACUACCGCUUCAGCUAAAAGCUGUUAUGUGCGUUACCGGGAACAAGGUGGAGUUGAGAGCAGACAUUCUCGUGCCUGGUUUUGCAUCCAGAAAAUUGGGCCAAAUACCAUGCGAAGACGUGAUGGUUCGCUUCCCUAUACCUGAGUGUUGGAUCUACCUCUUUAGGGUGGAGAAACACUUCAGAUAUGGCUCGGUAAAAUCAGCACAUAGAAGAACAGGGAAGAUUAAGGGUAUCGAGAGAUUCUUGGGUGCUGUCGAUACGUUAGAACCGCAGCUGAUGGAAGUAACUUCCGGCCAGGCGAAAUAUGAGCAUCAACAUCGCGCCAUCGUAUGGAGGAUGCCUAGGUUGCCAAAAGAGGGUCAAGGUGCGUACACGACGCAUCAGCUGGUUUGCCGUAUGGCCCUCACCUCUUACGAUCAGAUCCCUGAAAAUCUCUCGGAAUAUUGUUACGUAGAGUUUACAAUGCCGGCGACACAAGUAUCUCAUACAACUGCGAGGAGCGUCAGUCUCCAGAACAGUGACAGUGAUGCGCCUCCAGAGAAGUAUGUUCGCAAUUUGUCGCGUCACGAAUACAGGGUAGGGAUUGAGCAUACGCAAGGUGAAGGGCCGGGUGCGUAUGUCACGGCGACGGUCACGAAGAAAAUCCCUGAGACCAUGCCAGAAGUUCAAGAAACGCCCGACGCACCGGCCGAAUCUGAUUCCGAUUCUUCAGAGUAACAUGAGUAAUCAUGGUGGAUAAGUCAAUGUUGAUUGAUCGUCUCCGCGUUGCAAUAAUUAGUACAGUAAGCGUCAAAAAAAAUGCGACUCUUACAACUAAUAUUUCAAUUAUCGGUUUAAUUAUUAUAAAUAAAAUGAGUAGAGCCGGGGACAAAUUUGAUUAAAACAUAAAUAUUUAGUUCAUCUACUGUCGUACGAGUAUUUGAAACUGUCAAAUAGUUGCACGACUACUUAAGCAAAAUCACAUGUCUUUUUUUUUCAAGAUACCCAAUUUUUGUAUAGUUCCGUUCGUAUAUGCGUUCGGUGAUCAAAUGUCGUUCAGUCCGCCCGAGAUAUUGUUUUAAGAUCCAAUUUAACCACUCUUUGGAGAGUGUGUUUGAACUAGUAUUUGCCUCCUUUCUGUCAUUUUUUUGUAUGGAGUGGACAGGAUUUUAGACAAUCUUGCCAUUGACCAAUCCAAUAAGAGUUCAUGCUGUUCGUGAACAAUUAUAUCGCCUAAUUUCCUAGGAAUUACGAACUCUGAUAAUACAAAGUCCAAAUUUGAGACAUAAGACGUUCUUAAGAUGUCUUUUAGAUGCCAAAGAUAUGUCUCGAUUUUGGACACUUUGUGUUGUCUGAGAACUUAUUGAUAUUUGAUUAGGUACCAAUUUUUUUUAACACACAGAAUACAAUACGCGGAACGGUGGCAAUUCACAAGCUGACAAAUUUCUUGAAUUAGAUUUUGGAUAUGGAGCAAAUCGUAUAUUUUUUUUUAUCGAACAUUUUUAAUAUACGAGAGAGAGAUUGACAAAAAUAUAAAAUUAUUAUUACAACUUUAUAAUAUAUUAAAAGUGAUGCUUCCAUUAUACAACAGAUGGCGUUACUAUGUCAUAUUCAGCUAACAUAAUAGUGAUUAAAAAAAAGUCGCAUUUUUUUUUGCAUAUACUGUAUAUUAUUAAGAAGAUAGAAAACUAGGACUAUAAAAAGGGUAUGGGUUACAUAAGUCGAUUGGUAAAAAGUUAUAUAUGGGUGCAAUGAUACACUAGUCGUUUAAGCGGUGAACAUAAGGAUAGUAUUUAUAAUUCGUUCUUAUUUUAAGACCGUUUUAAGUAAUAUUUGAAAAUGUUUACAGCUCUGCGGCCGGUAUUUAUAGUCCGUUCUUAUUAGAAGACGUUCUUAAGUAAUGUCUUAAGAUGCUAAUGUGGCUCUGUAAUAUUAGUUCAUGACAUCUAAAGACUGUACUCAAGACGAUCCUACAUACAAGAAUCGCGAGUAUAUACACCAGCCUCUGAUUGGCUUAUGACAUCUUAAAAUUAUUUCAGACAGUCUUAAAUAUAGAACCGAUUAUGAAUACCGGCCAUAGAUAAUAUAUCAUGUACAUGUUACUAGUCUGUAUACAGAGAGAAAAUUCACACGAAUAGACCACGAGAUGUUUCAUAAGUUUGCUGAUAGUUGUAAUAAACGGUGGAUGAUUUUACACUUGAGAAAGUAAACACUUCGCGCGAUCGUUCAUCAGUUUAAAAAUAAUUGGCCCGAUAAUUAUUACGAUUGAAGGAAACGGAAUCAGAAAAGACUAAAAUUAGUCAACUUACAAGAUCCUUAAAUGCAUCGAUCGUUGAACGAUCAAGUUAAUCAGAGCCAUGCAGCAUGCUAAAGAGAUAAUUUAUCUGAAUAAGAAUUUCCAGAAUAAGAAUUACGAAUGUACAAAUUAUUCUCGACUUUUUAUCGAGAUUCUCACAUCUAUUUGGAAUUGAAUAUUGUAUAUUAUUCUUUUUUUUUUCGAUUUUCGAAUUAAUUGCUAUGAUAUGUUCACAAAAUAAUGAUUGACAGCGAGCAAUUUACGAAACAUCUCGUCCACAUUCUCGUGUAACAUAGCGGCUAAUGACAAGUAAAUAAUUAAAGGGAAAAUAAUUUGAAAUAUGGAAAGACAAUACCGGUUUUCUGUUUCAUUUAGCUUAUUAAGUCGUAGAGCAACGAAAAGCUUUGUGUCCGUAAAGUGCGUUAAUUUAUGACAUUUUAAAGAUGUAAAAACAUUUUCAUAGGCGAUCGUAAUGAAUUGAAAUUGUUGAUGAAAACAUUUGCACGCUGUGUGUUUUUUAAACAGAUGACACAAUUGUUUAUUGGGAA